UUGAGAACAGCCUGGGCAACAUGGUGAAACCCCAUCUCUAAUAAAAGUACAAAAAUUAGUGCUCCCUCCAGUCCAUGCCUCCAAUAUGACGAAAAAAAGAAGGAACAACGGUCAUGCCAAAAAGGGCCAUGGCCACGUGCAGCCUAUUUGCUGCAUGAACUGUGCCCAAUGUGUGCCCAAGGACAAGGCCAUUAAGAAAUUCGUCAUUGGAAACAUAGUGGAGGCUGCAGCAGUCAGAGACAUUUCUGAAGCGAGCGUCUUUGAUGCCUAUGUGCUUCCCAAGCUGUAUGUGAAGCUACAUUACUGUCUGAGUUGUGCAAUUCACAGCAAAGUAGUCAGGAAUCGAUCUCGUGAAGCCCACAAGGACUGAACACCCCCACCCCAAUUUAGACCUGUGGAUGCUGCCUCACGACCCCCGCCAAAGCCCACAUAAGGAGUUGAGUCCUUAAAGACUGAAGACGGACUAUUCUCUCAAGAAAAAUAAAAUGGAAAUUCUACUUAAUAAAAAAAUACAAAAAGUAGCCAUGAGUGGUGGCAUGCACCUGUGGUCCCAGCUACUCAUGGGGGCUAAAGUGUGAGGAUCACCUGAGCUUGGGGGGUUGAGACUGCAGUAAACUGAGAUCACAUCACUGCACUCCAGCCUGGGUGACAGAGUGAAACCUUCUCUCAAAAAAAAAAAAAAAAAAAAAAAAAAAAAAGAAAUAUUGGCUAAAACCUGAGAGAUCUAUUUGACAUUGGCUGGGGGUGUGAUCUGGUGGAGCCAAGCAUUGUAGCUCUGCUCUCGGAAGUCAAACUGCGGAGAGCUUCACAGAGGCCAUGACAUACUCUACAGAUGAGAUGCACCGGACCAGCACCACUCUCGACAGGCAAUGUGUCCCAUAAACAUUACUUCUGUGGCCGUUAGAAAUCAAGGCCAAAUAUAAUGCUGAAAGGUGAAAGCUCUCUGGUAGCAAAGGUUCCUGUUUCACGAGGUCCCUCUAAUUGGUCAUUGACUCUUGGCAGCUGUUGCCCAGCCUCUGCUGCUGGGGACCUGGAGCACAAUCUUCUGCAGGGUUCAGGCCUGGCCUUUGGUUUACUGACUCACACACACCUCCCACUCACUGCCCUUCCUCACUCCUCUUCUAGUUAGUCAAGCCUUUCCCAGUCACUUUUACCACCUCCUUUCCUGGAAUCCAAUUCACAUUUGGGUCUCUGAUAAGAAUAAAGAUGCUAAUAAUUAACAAUGUCCAGGACUGCUUUGUAAUAAGUGCCCUUUCCUAUUAAUCACAUGCCAUAUAGACCCCAGGGUGCCUCUUGUUGACCUGGGAGGCUCAGAUGCAGCCAGAGGGCAGUGUCCCGCUCGGCAGACAGCGCACAACACAGGGCCAGGAAGAGCCGUCCUCCAGGGCCAUGCAUGCUGGCAUGACAGAGUUCUCAGACACAACAGUAGACAGAUGCUUCUGGGUAUCAGGGCACAGGGCAGACAGAUCUUGAUUUAUGUUAAGUUAAAAUGGCUUAACCUUUGUUGGGGCACUGAUUAGGAACCUUUCUUUGUGAGCAAAACAGUCCAUCAAAAUUACUGAAAAUAAAGUGCUCUUGUCCAAAAUA